AUGCCAGCUCCACACGGUGGUAUCUUACAAGAUUUGAUACUUAGAGAUAAUGAAAGACAUCAGGACCUUUUAGAGGAAUCUAAGACUCUUAAAACAUGGAAUUUAACUUCUAGACAACUGUGUGAUAUUGAAUUGAUUUUAAAUGGUGGGUUUUCCCCAUUAACUGGGUUUUUAAAUGAAAAGGAUUAUCUUAACGUUGUCAAUAAUUCUAGACUAGCUAAUGGUAUUCUGUGGACUAUGCCAAUAAAUUUGGAUGUUGAUUCCACAUUUGCUCAAUCUUUACAACUUGGCCAAAGGUUGACCUUGUUACAAGAUGGUGAAAUUCCGAUUGCUAUUAUAACUGUUAGUGAUAUUUAUAAACCAGAUAAACAAUUAGAAGCAAAAAAAGUCUUUAGAGGUGAUCCAGAACACCCAGCUAUUAUAUUUUUAAAUAACUCUGUCGGUGAGUACUAUAUUGGUGGUGAAUUAGAUGCUAUCCAGUUACCUGUACAUUAUGAUUAUCCAGGUUUGAGAAAGACUCCAAAUCAAUUAAGAUCCGAAUUCCAAUCUCGUAGUUGGGAUCGUGUUGUUGCAUUUCAAACAAGAAAUCCUAUGCAUAGAGCCCAUAGGGAGUUAACUGUAAGGGCAGCCAGGGAGGUUAAUGCUCGUAUAUUGAUUCACCCAGUGGUGGGCUUAACUAAACCAGGUGAUAUCGACCACCAUACUAGAGUUCGUGUCUAUCAAGAGAUUAUCAGACGUUACCCAAGUGGGUUAGCUUUCUUAUCUUUAUUACCUUUGGCUAUGAGAAUGGCUGGUGAUAGAGAAGCUGUUUGGCAUGCAAUUAUUAGAAAAAAUUAUGGGGCUACACAUUUUAUUGUUGGAAGAGAUCAUGCUGGUCCUGGUUCCAACUCUAAAGGUGCUGCUUUCUAUGGACCAUAUGAUGCACAAGAACUAGUGGAAUCCUAUAAGAAUGAACUAGAGAUUCAAGUGGUUCCAUUCAGAAUGGUCACGUAUUUGCCUGAUGAAGAUUGUUAUGCUCCAAUCGAUGAAAUUGACACAAGUAAGACUAAGACUUUGAAUAUCUCGGGUACAGAAUUAAGAAGAAGACUAAGAGUUGGCGGUCAUAUUCCGGAAUGGUUCUCAUAUCCAGAAGUGGUUAAAAUCUUAAGAGAAUCUAAUCCACCAAGACAAAAGCAAGGUUUUGCUAUUGUUCUCGGUGAUGAGUUACAAGUGACUGAAAAUCAGUUAUCCAUUGCCCUAUUGUCUACUUUAUUACAGUUUGGUGGUGGUAGACAUUACAAGAUCUAUAAGCAUGAUAACGAUGUUAAGUUAUUGAAUUUGAUUCCAGAUUUCAUCCAGGCUGGUUCUGGCUUAAUUAUUCCUCAAAAUAAUCUAAGUAUUAAAGGUACUAAUGUUUACAGAUUGAGUUCAACUAAUGAUGCUGAUAUUAAACUUGGCUCUUCAGACGAAACUAUUAAUCAUAUUGUUCAAAAAGUUGUUUUAUUCCUCGAAGACAAUGGCUAUUUAGUAUUUUAA